AUGGCUCCCGCAAAAGUUGCCUUGAUCACGGGCGCCUCCAGGGGUGUAGGUGCCGCCAUUGCUCGGGCUCUGGCCGCCAACGGCGGGAUGCGUGUUGUGAUCAACUAUAGCUCUGACCCCGGACCAGCCCAGAAGCUGAUUCAAGAAUUGAAGAUGUCAAUAGCUCCGGAUUCCCAGCAAGAUAAUGCCAGUCAGCAAUUCGCGGCCAUAAAGGCCAACCUGGCGGAUCGGGGGGACAUUCAGAGACUGGUGACGGAGACCAUCCAAUCCAUGGGUCGAUUGGAUGUGGUAGUUUCCAAUGUUGGAUGGACACGAAUGACCGAUUUCAUGAAUCUCCAGGAGGCAGAUUCCGAUAUGGACUGGGAUAGAUGCUUUGACAUGAAUGUCAAAAGCCAUUUCCGUCUCUUUCAAGCCUGCAGGGAGCACCUCGAGCAAACCCAGGGCGCAUUCAUCGCUACUGCCAGCGUUGCAGGAGUCAAACCAAGCGGAAGUUCUCUGCCAUACGCCGUUACAAAAGCUGCGCUCAUUCAUCUUGUCAAGAGCCUGGCUAUCAUAGCCGCUCCUAAGAUUAGAGUCAACUCUGUUUCACCAGGAGUUUUAUUAACAGAUUGGGGCCGUCAAUUUCCUGAAGAGAGACUCAAAGCAGUGCAAGAGAAGAAUUUACUUAAGCGAUUCGCAACCCCCGAGGACGUCGCCCAGCAGGUCAAAGUAUUUGCCUUGUCAGAAUCCAUGACUGGAGUCAAUGUGGUUCUCGACGCAGGGUUUUCUCUUUGA